ACAGAAAACUACACGCCCGAGCCUCCUCUCUAUAGUCUGAUAAAUUUGUUGUAACGUUGCUUCACGUGGCAUUUUCAACGCGUUGUUUGUGUCACCACUCAUUUUCAGGGAGUCGUACUUUAACUCUACCGUAAAUAUCAGAAUACGGGUGACUUCAUAAGGCGGAAAUUCGACUGAAAGCUGCGUGUUAAGAAGUCAGACAGCGUGACUGACAAUGUUACAUCAUUUUACUGUAAAUUUCUCGGAACCAGGUUCACACUGCAGACUCCAACAACAUAAGAGCUGGAAUUAACUCAGCAGGUGAAGUGAUUACAGUUGACUACGCCUCUAUACAAGCGUGUAUACAAUGAAUGGACGGAUAAAAGCGUGUGGAUAUCAAGUUCUUGGCUAAUAACAGACCAGAGAUGAGUGUCCAUGGCAAGGAUGAGGAGGGUAGAGCAAAGUCUCUAGUAUCCACCUGUCUGUCCCUGAAGAGUGAUCAUUCCAUAGACAUUCCUCUUGCCUUCAAGAAUGAACCUGGAAUAUUCAACACAACACAGAGGAAAAGGACUAGUGAUGUUAUCGACGAGCAGCUGUCAUGCUGUGUUUUGUGCCAGGAGGUCCUGAGGGAUCCAGUCUCCACCAGCUGUGGACACUUCUUCUGCAGGAAAUGCAUUGAAUCAUGCUGGGAACCUUGUGAUUCAGCAGGAGAUUUCUCAUGUCCCCAAUGUGGUAAACGAUCCAGAAAAAGUCCUGAACUGCAGACACCCAGUCAAACCAUCACUGAGCCCUUGACUGGCAGUCUGCAAGAGGUUUUAGGUAAUCAUAGGAACAGUCUAAGAAAGAGAUGUGAAUUUGCAAUAGAAGGAACUACUGAAGCAGGAUCUCGAACCCACCUGAAUAGGAUCUACACUGAGCUCUACAUCACUGAGGGACAAUGCGAAGGAGUUAAUAUCCAACAUGAGGUUUGGCAACUUGAGACAAUAUCCAAAAUGGAGACCCUGCAUGACACUCCAAUCAAAUGCCAUGACAUCUUUAAGGUCUUACCUGGCCAAAAGAGAUUCAUCAGAGUAGCUCUGACGAAUGGCAUUGCUGGCAUCGGUAAAACCUUCUCUGUGCAGAAGUUUACUCUGGACUGGGCAGAGGGCUUAGAAAAUCAAGAUGUCAGCCUGGUGAUUCUGCUCUCAUUUCGGGAGCUGAACUUGAUCAGAGAGAAGCAGUACAGUCUUCUCAGGCUACUUCACGAUUUUGAUCCGACACUACACAUGGUCACAGCAGAAAAGCUUGCUGUUUGCAAGGUUUUGUUAAUCUUUGACGGCCUGGAUGAAAGCAGACUUUUGUUGGAUUUCCAGAACAAUGAGGUUGUGUCAGAUGUCACACAGGUAUCGUCAAUCAACAUGUUGUUUAUAAAUCUCAUCAAGGGGAAUCUACUUCCCUCAGCUCUCCUUUGGAUAACUACAAGACCUGCAGCAGCCAAUCAGAUCCCGUCUUCAUAUGUUGACAGGGUAACAGAAGUACGAGGAUUCACGGACACUCAGAAAGAGGAGUACUUCCGGAGGAGAUUCACUGAGGAGUCAGUGUCAAGCAGAGUCAUCUCCCACAUCAAGGCAUCCAGGAGCCUCUACAUUAUGUGUCACAUCCCAGUUUUCUGUUGGAUCACUGCUACAGUUCUGGAGCAUAUGAUGACUACAAACCAAAAAGAGCUUCCCAAGACACUGACUGACAUGUACUCACACUUUCUCUUGGUUCAGACCAAGAGGAAGAAACAGAAGUAUAAUAAGCAGCAUGUCAUGAUCCAACAGGAGUCAAUGCAGACUGACAGAGAAGUCCUUCUGAAGUUGGGGAGACUUGCAUUUGAACAUCUGGAAAAAGGGAACAUCAUGUUCUACCAAGAGGACUUGGAGCGAUGUGGUCUUGAUGUCAGAGAGGCCUUAGUUUUCUCAGGACUGUGCACAGAGAUCUUCAAAAGAGAGCGUGUUCUCUUUCAGAAAACGAUUUACUGCUUUGUUCAUUUAAGCAUUCAAGAGUUUCUUGCUGCUGUCUACAUAGUUCACUGUUACUUGAACAAGAGUAUAGAAGUACUGGUGACAUUUCUUGGAGAAGACUGGGAUACAAACAGCAGUGACCCAGGUCUGGAUAGCUUCCUCAGCAGAGUUGUGGACAAAUCUCUCAACAGUGGAAAUGGCCACCUGGACCUCUUUGUUCGCUUCCUACAUGGCCUGCUAUUGGAGUCCAACCAUCAUCUCUUAGGAGGUCUACUGGGCUGGACAGCUAGCAGUCCAGAGAGCAUCCAGAGAGUGAUCAACAACCUGAAGAAGAUGAAUGCUUAUGAUAUCUCUCCUGACAGAAGCAUCAACAUCUUCCACUGUUUGAUGGAGAUGAAUGACCACUCAGUACAUCAGGAGAUCCAAGAGUAUCUGCAGUCAGAGAACAGAUCAGAGAAGAAACUCACUAAGACUCAUUGCUCGGCUCUUGCCUACAUGCUGCAGAUGUCAGACAAGGUUCUAGAUAUGUUGGAUCUGAAGAAGUACAACACGUCAGGUGAUGGAAGACGGAGAUUGCUCCCAGCUGUCAGAAACUGCAGAGAUGCUCGACUCUCUGGCUGUGGACUCUCUGAGCAGCAUUGUAAAGUUCUGUCCUCAGCUCUGAUGUCAAACCCCUCUCAUCUACGAGGGUUGGAUCUGAGUGAAAAUGACUAUCUGCUGGAUUCAGGAGUGAAGCUCCUGUCUGUGGGUUUGCAGAGUCCAAACUGCAGACUGGAGAUACUAAGACUGAAAAACUGCAGUUUGUCAGAAAGUUGUUGUGAUUCUCUGGCGUCAGCCCUGAAGUCCCCCUCGUCUCAACUGAGAGAGCUGGACCUAAGUAACAACAACUAUCUGAAGGAUUCAGGGGUGGAGAUUCUCUCUGCUGGACUGGAGAGUCCUCACUGUAGACUGGAGACUCUGAGAUUAAGUUGCUGCAGACUGUCAGAGAGCUGCUGUGCACAUCUGGCCUCAGCUAUCAAGUCCAACCCGUCCCAUAUGAGAGAACUAGACCUAAGUAAGAACAAACUGAAAGAUUUGGGAGUAAAUCGACUUUGUGCUGCACUGGGGAAUCCUCAAUGCCAACUAAAGACUCUGAGGCUCGAUAGAUGUGGACUGACAGAGAACUGCUGUACUGCUCUGGCCUCAACUCUCAAGUCCAACCCCUCCAGCCUGAGAGAGUUGGAACUGAGUAGUAAUGACCUGCAGGAUGCAGGAGUGAAGUUGCUGUGUACAGGACUGGAGAGUCCACACUGCAGACUGGAAGCUCUGAGAUUGAGAUCCUGCUGGUUGUCAGAGAGUUGCUGUGCUUCUCUGGCUUCAGCUUUGAUGUCAAACCCCUCCAGUCUGAGAGAGCUUGACCUGGGUGAAAAUGACCUACAGGAUUCAGGAGUUGAGCAGCUGUCUCCUGGAUUGAAGAGUCCACAUUGUAGACUAGAGACUCUGAGGUUGAUGCGCUGUCGGCUCACAGAUGAAGGCUGUACUUUUCUGGCAUCAGCUUUUAAGUCCAAUCCAUCCUACCUGAAAGAGCUGGACCUGAGUAAAAACACCCUGCAGGAAUCAGGAGCAAAGCUGCUGUCUGGUUUCCUGGAAAGUCCGCACUGUAGACUGGAGACUCUCAGAAUGGAAGAAGUGUAAAACUGGAGUGUGUCCAUCUGACAAAAAUGCAACUUUUCACUGGCCAUGACAUGUUGCUGACUCUGAGCCUGCCACAGUCACCACGUCACUACAACACCGCAGCUGUGCCUUAACCCCAGUCAGAGAUUUGUUGUGUUUGAAUCAGUUUUUCCAUGUAUUUCCUCAGAUGCCAGAAGACUAUUUUGACUUUAUACUGACUGCUCAUAUGUUUAGAGAAAUUCUUUGUCACAGUUAACUGUUCUUCCUGUUUAAAAAGUACUUGUUUCAGUAUGAAAAGCCUCUUUGUGCUUGCAGGAGGCAUGGUUAUUUCUGUGCUGUGGCAGAGGGACGUAACCGCAUUGUUGUAAGUACACCUGUUCAUUAGUUGGUGAUAAAACAUAUUAAUUGGUUUAAAAUGUACUUUGAAAUGUCUGUAUAUAGUCAGGUUAUAGUUAAUUUUUCUCAGUGCUUUUUUAGUUGACUUUUUGGGUGUAUAGAAUGCUGCCAGGUCUUCUCAGUUUGUUAAGAGAAUAGUUUUGACAUUUUAGGAAAUAAUGCUUCUGUGCAUUAUUGCUUGGGUGGAAAGUAGCAAGAUAAGAAUAUCAAUACCACUCUUGAGCCUCUAUGUUAUAUAUGAAGCUACAGUAUUGGCUGGUUAGUUUAGCUUAGCACAAAUACGGAAAUAAGGAACAAAGGGAAACAGCUAGCCUGGACCUGCUCAGCAAUAAUUCCAGACAUCCAGCAGAGAGUCCAGGAAGUUACUGCUCCCAGCCAAGAAAUAUGAUACCUCCAUAAAAUAACAAUUUGUUGUUGUUAAGAUCACUUUUUGUACAGAUUGAACAAAUAAGAUAAUACAUAUUAAAGCAACAAAGAACUGAUUUGCAAUAGGGAGGCUUGGGCCUCUUUUAUUCCCACUCUGCGUUGUGAAUGCCUGUUCUCGCACUUUGGCAGUAACAAUAUCUGUUGCAGAGUGAAAAAGAUUAUAUGUAGUUACUUAAUAUAACUGUUGUUUCAGUGCUUUUUAACUUAUGUGUAUAGAUUUGUUUUAACAGACUUAAUUUCCUGGUCUAAUAUAUUUUGAAUAAGUCAAUCACAAGUUAGCAAGACAGAAAACCCUGUUCUUACCCACACACUGACCAAUGUGCUGCAAAGUAUAUUUGUUUGAUGUAAGUGAUGGGGGGGCAUUAAUAUUUAGUGCAUGAUGCUCUCAACACACUUACCUACACAAGGACACAACUGAGAGAAAGAGUUUUAUUUUCAAGCUUUUUUAGCCCCUUUCCAUAGGAAUAACCUUUACAGGAUCUCCCAAAACCCUUUGGUAGAUUUCCCUUUACAUUCUUUCAAAAAUAUUUCUCACAGUCAAACACAAGAAAACAACCAGCUAUGAGGCAAGUUUGAUGAGGUUUCAUCAUGUUAAUGGAAAUAGAGGAAAACAUCUUAAAUGGUAUCCAAAACCCCGCUUAAGAUGCUGCACAUAUCUGUAAGGUGGAGACAGCAAUAUGCAAGCUGUGCUACUUAGUAUAGGAACAAUAAAUAACUAAAUAACACACUCAAACCAAGAAACCCAGAGAAAAAUAAAUACAUUCAAAGUAAGAUCAAAUCAAAUUUCCCAAUACUUCCACAAUUAAAAAUAAAUGCUCACCUUAAGGUCAGAAACUGUGUUUGUUCAUAUAAAGUGACUUUUGACUGCAGAUUUGAAAUACCUCUAUAGAAAGCUUGACAGUUUAAAAAAAAACCUUAGCUUAUGUGGAAGAUGAAUAAAACAAUGCCCUGAAACCCAUUUGCUGUAUAUCCUGAAAUAUAUCAUGUGCAUAUUCUGUUUCAGAGUAAAAUAUUUUAACUGACCAUGA